AUGCCUGGAGUCCCGUCAAACAAGGCGUGCGAUCGUUGCAAGAAACGCCACGUCAAGUGCGAUGAGGGUCGUCCUGACUGUCAGCGUUGCGUUGCUGCAAAUGUGAAAUGUCCAGGCUAUUCUCAAGAUCGCAAAUUCAUUGAUCAAGGUGCUACUGUGCGUCGCAGAUAUGCUCCAUAUCAGAGAGAAGACUCUCGGAGCCAGACAUCAUCACAGCAUUCAGCACGAGCCAGUACUGAAGAAGAAAAUCGUAACGUCCAGCCUGACAAACCUCAGCAAGAAGCAGAUAUAAGAGAGGCGCCGGGUCAAAACCCAGCACCCCGAAGCUCUAGAUCCUCCACAACCGAGGCUCAAACCAAUCCCUCUGGUUCAGGGCAGCCUGAUGGUGUAUCCGGGAAUGGAAUGCCUCUUGAUGAGGAGCCUAACCUAGCCACCACGGCUCCAUAUGCAAACAUUGCUCUUCCUGCAAACUUCCUCGAUAACGCUCAACAGCCUCUCUCAGAUCUCCCAAAUCCGGAGAACUUGGCUUACACCAAUACGUUUGGACUUUUCAAUUCGUUGCAGUCUCCAAUGUUCUUCAACAACAGUUCCGGAAACUCGGGAAAUUUGAACUCCACGACGACCUCUAACUAUGCGUAUACCAUGCCGGAUGCGCGUAACGUCAAUGCAUUUGGAGAUCUCUAUUCAGAACUAAUGAUCAAUAGUGAGCGCGAAAUAGCAUUUCUCAAGAGACACUAUGUUGAGUUCAUAUCUCCAUGGCUUGAUUUACAUGACUCGGAGAAAUUCUUCAUGUUAACCAUUCCCAGGAGAUCUCUUCAUGUUCCCUUCAUACAAUAUGCCACAUUAGCAAUAGCUGCAAAGCAUCUUGCACGAAUCAAUGGUGUCAGGCCUGGUCCCAACACAGCAUUGAACACAACAACAACAGAAACAUAUCCCAAUGCAGACCAAGUAGACUGGCUCUUCAAAGCGACCAACUACUACUACCAAGCACUAUUCCAUCUAAAACAACUAGUCUUUGGCCAAGCAGACUUUCAGCAAUUAGAUGCUACGACUCCACCAAUUCAGAUUCUAUGUCAGGACCUAAAAAUUGAUUACACAUCCGAAGAAACUAGACGAGGCAUUCUCCCGCCCAAUUUCAUCUCCUACAUGGAUGACAUUCUACCUGGUGUGGUUAUUUUGACUGGUUUUGAUAUUAUUGAUAAACCUGGUACGGAAUGGGAAAGACGACUUCUCGGAUUGAGGCAUCUUAUGCAAUCUAUCUUAUCACUGGCUACAUCUCCCAGUAAGGGUUCCACCAUGUCACAUGGACUCCAGGUGUCUUUCUGGAAUUUUGCAUACUUGGAUUGUUUUGCAUCAUAUGCCAAUCGUCGACGCACUUGUAUGGAUGCUUAUAAUUUCGACCUUUUCCGAGCUGCUGGCCUUGCCAUCGAUGAUGGUGGCAAUUUCUUUUCAACCGCGCCACAGUCUUCUCCACGACGAGAUGAUAUUUUCUUACGCGGCAUAACAUUUAUCGUUCUCAAACUAAUGAACUUUAUUGCCGAGUUCAAAGAGAUUCAACAGUCGUCUACUUCCAUGUCAUCGCCAGUCCCAGACUUCUUAUCAAACAUUCCAGUACCUCAGUCAAGUGGCCUUGCAGUGACAUGGUACCAGUUGGUCCAAGAAGUCAGCAACUGGCACGACUCUUUGCCUGAUACAUUCGAACCAUAUAUUCGUCUAGAAAACCCGCAUGAUUUGGUUUCCCCUACUUCUCCUUCAACAUCUCCCCCUUUUCCGGAAAUAGUAUUUAGUUGCGCCACACACGCGGCUACGGUGGCACUUUAUGACUUUGCGCGCAUCAUUCUCCUUCUCAACCGACCUCACAACAGCCAGAGCGUAGCCCGCGAUAGAUUGGUUGAGUACAGAGAAAUAACGAAAGAGGUCGAUAUCCGUGCUCGUGAAAUCGCUGGGAUUGCAAUGGGCAGAACCGCAUCUGCUGUUCAGAUUCACUUGGUUCAGCCACUCUAUGUAGUAGGAUUGUGUGACGAUCGACCGGAAGCCCGUCAAAAAAUCGUCGAACUACUGCGCGUCAUUCGAGCAGAAUCUGGGUGGGAGACAGAAUAUAAAAUUGCGCAAUUGCAUGAGCUCUGGAAGAAGAGUUGA